AUGACCAAGAAGUGGCAUUUGCGGACGACGUCCGUUGGCUCCCAGCCACGGUGGCUCGACACGAGUUAUAGGAGGCACGAAUGCUCUGCCCGGAACCUGGCCCUGGAUGCUCUCGCUGGGUGGUCACGGCCGCCCACUGCUUCCUACAUAAACAAGGGCUCCCUGAUCAGCUCUCGCUGGGUGGUCACGGCCGCCCACUGCUUCCUACAUAAACAGUUUCUGGAACAUUGGAAGCUGGUCAUUGGCGCCACGCAGCUUUCUCAGCCUGGGCCUGAGGUGCAGGAGCGCACCAUCAAGAACCUGGUGGAGCAUCAGCUGUACCAGUCCCGGCGGAGCUUCAACGAUGUUGCCUUGAUGGAGCUGAGUGCACCUGUCAACUGCACCGACUACGUACAGCCUGCCUGCCUGCCAGACGAAGAUGUGGAUCUUUCAGCACUGACUCACUGCUACGUCAGUGGCUGGGGCGUCACCGAUGUGUCAAUCUUUCUGCCCACAGAGCCGUCGCAGACAGCAGACAUCAUGCAGGAGGCAAAAGUGAACCUCAUCCCCCUGGACCUCUGCAACAGCAGCGGCUGGUACAACGGCCGGAUCCACUACAACAACCUGUGUGCCGGGUAUGAGGAAGGAGGCAUCGACAGCUGCCAGGGUGACAGUGGCGGCCCCCUCGCGUGUAGAGAAGCAAGGUCCGAGCGCUUUUGGGUUGUCGGAGUCACCAGCUGGGGGAAUGGCUGUGCCAGGACCCGGAAGCCUGGGGUCUACAGCUCCACACAGGAUUUCCUUGACUGGAUCAAAGGGAAGACCAAGGAUAAAUUCCUGACCCCUGCUCGCCGCCCAGGAUCAUACUCCAGGCCACAAACAUGGCCCACGACGACCACUUCCACCACAAGACGCAAGCCCUGGAAGCCCAUCUCCCAGCACGAGGUCCAGCAGGUUGCCAACUGGCCAGUUCCUGAACCCCUGCCCCCACAGCACAGCACGAGCCCCCUUCCUUACCAUGCCCGGGACCCCAAACCAGGUCGCAUGUGCCUCUAUCACAGAUUUAUCUCAGCAGAGUAG